GCUCUUAAACAUAACCGAGAAGACAAGUGUUAAAAAUCUCAAUUUCCUAACCACCAGUCUAAUUGUUGACUACUAAAACGUCUGUAAUCCUCUAAUCUCUAACUCUUAACACAUAUUGUUUAAAGAGCAAAUUAAGAAUUAAGACAAUUAUGAAUCACCGAUACACUUAUUAAAGUACUUUCUCUUGUCUCUAUUUUGACUUUUGAGUGGUACUGAUAGGUACAAGAAACACAACAAACCCUAGAUUUAUCUUCAUCUCUCUCAAUUCUGUAUCAAGCAAAGACGGAUUCAACGAUGUCUUCACCUGAAUCACCUUCCGGUUCCGACUCAUCCACACCACUUCUCCGUUCACGGCAAUCAUCACCACGUCGUCAACCUGUAAUCGCGGUUCUAUUAAAUCGAGCUUCAGGACGACGAGGAGCUUCGAUGGUGGUUAGAGAAACAGCUGCACAAGAGCUUGAAGAGCGACGAGCUGAUUGGGGUUACUCGAAACCUGUUGUUGCUUUGGAUAUGCUUUGGAACACUGCUUUUGUUCUUGUUGCGAUUGUUAUGCUUUUGGUUUUUAAAGAAGAGAAGCCAAAUGUUCCUAUUAGGAUUUGGAUCUGUGGUUAUGCGAUUCAGUGUCUUGUUCAUGUUGUCCUUGUUUGGCUUGAGUUUAGAAAGAGGAAUGCUAGAAGCAGACCUGGAGAUUUAGAAGCUGCUCAAGCUACGAAUCAGGAUAGUGAAGAUGAAGACAACGAUGAGAGGUUUCUGAGCACUAAGACUUGUGAAUCAAUGAACACUAUAAUAUCAUUUGUCUGGUGGAUUGUUGGAUUCUACUGGCUUGUUUCUGGUGGUGAUAUCCUUCUGCAAAACGCGACGCAUUUGUAUUGGUUAACCUUUGUUUUCCUUGCAUUUGAUGUGUUCUUUGCCAUCUUUUGCGUUGUGCUGGCAUGUCUUAUUGGAAUCGCCCUCUGUUGUUGCCUACCUUGUAUUAUUGCUCUUCUUUACGCCGUCGCGGGGCAGGAGGGUGCAUCAGAAGCAGAUCUCAGCAUCCUUCCCAAGUACAGGUUUCACACGAUGAACAAUGAUGAAAAGCAAAGUGACGGUGGUGGGAAAAUGAUACCUGUGGAUGCAGCGAGUGAGAAUUUAGGAAACGAGCGUGUGCUUCUUCCCGAGGAUGCUGACUGUUGUAUAUGUUUGAGUUCAUAUGAAGAUGGAGCAGAGCUGGUCUCACUUCCUUGCAACCACCACUUUCAUUCUACGUGCAUUGUGAAAUGGCUGAAAAUGAAUGCGACAUGUCCACUAUGCAAGUUCAAUAUCCUCAAAGGUAAUGAACAAGAAUGAAGUAAUGUAGAGGAAACUUUUCUUCUUUUUAUGUUGUGUUUCUUUUUGUUGUAUAUAGAGUAGAGAAAAAAGAAAAUGAUUGUGUUGUUUGUAAGUCAUAAGACAGUUUGUUUCUUUGUUGAAAUUUGUUGUCAAUUCUCUUUUUUUUUUAUCAAAUAAUAAUAGAUAUAUUCAUCAUGU